AUGGAAAGAACUUCGACGGCCUUAUCUUCAUGCGAUCACUCUAGUCUCAACACCACUGUUGGGUCCUACUACGUAAAGGAGAACCAAACAAUUGCUGAAAUCUCUCGCCAAGUCGACCGCGGAAUUUGCGACAUCGCUCGUAUCAAUCGCAUGGCAGACGCCAUGAUCCCUCUCUACACUGGUGAGGAAUUGAUCAUUCCACCAGAAAUUUGCAAGCCAAAUAACUCGACAUGUUUGAUCGUCGAAAAGCCCGGUGCAGUCUACGCCGACUGUAUUAAGGGUGGACCCCAUACCUACUACACCCUCAAAGGAGAUAAAUUCCGGUACAUAAAGCUCAAUCUUACGCUCGCCGCUCUCGAAUCCACUGCCCAGAUUGAAGUUAGUGACCCAGAUGCGGAGGUCGAAGCCGACAAUUUCAUCAAGCUUCCCCAGUGUGACCCAAACAGUCUGGGUACCACUGUUGGUCAGAUGAUGGCAAUAAACCCCACGUACAACCAUAGCGAAGGUGGUAAGGGUGAGGGUGCUGUAAUUUCUAUGCUUUACGAUUGCGAGUACACUGGGUCGAACGUCACCGUGGUUUCCUAG